UCCAGUCAACACAUACAACAUUCUCGUCUUCAAACAGUAUGUUGUUCGCUACAUUCGUUGUCGCGAUAGUUUUAGGAUUGUUAUUUAAAUUUUAUUUAACAGAGAAAAGAAAAUGGAAACUUUUAGAACAUAUUCCUGGCCCGAAAGGUGUUCCAAUUGUUGGAAGUGUUGCAGAAUUUGCGAUUCAUCCAACCAAACUCCUUCCAAAGAUGUGUGAUCAUGCUAAAAAAUUCGGCGGAUUAGUAAAAUACAAUUUCUUUUGGAUGCAAUCACUUCAGAUUUCUGAUUAUGAUCAUAUCGAAGCUAUUUUAGGUACAACUAAAGUCUUAGAUAAAUCUGAGGAAUAUGAAUAUCUUCAUAAAUGGCUAGGAACUGGUUUAUUAACAAGUGGACCUGAAAAGUGGAAAAAAACUAGAAGAAUUAUCACCCCAACAUUUCAUUUUGAAAUCCUUGAACAAUUUAUCGAUGUUUUUGAUUCUUGUUCUAACAUUUUAAUUAAAAAAUUAAAAGAAAUUCCCAAAGGUACCAACGUGGAUAUUUAUGAACAUUCAACUUUGUGUGCUUUAGAUGUUAUAUGCGAAAGUGCAAUGGGAACUAAAGUCAAUGCCCAAUUAAAUUCUCACUCAAAAUACGUUACUAAUGUAAAAGAAAUCAGUAGAAUUAUAAGAGGACGUCUUUUCGAACCUUUUAAAAUCUUAUUUUUCACAUAUAUUUUUACAAAAGAUUAUUGGUUAGAAAAACAAAUUCUUAAAGAACUACACGAAUACACCGACUCAGUUAUUCGUAAGAGAAGAGAUGAAUUACUUAACUCAACUGAAAAUGUUGGUAAAAAGAGGAGAUUAGCGUUUUUAGAUUUAUUAUUGCAAUCAAAAAUUGAUGAUAGACCCAUGACUGAUGAUGAAAUAAGACAAGAAGUUGAUACCUUUAUGUUUGAAGGUCAUGACACAACCGCUUUUGCAAUCGCUUGUACUAUAUAUUGUUUAAGUCAAUAUUCAGAUAUUCAACAAAAAGUUGUUGAUGAAUUAAUCGAAAUUUUCGGUGAUGAUAAAUUUAGAACUGUAACCUACGAAGAUUUGCAAAACAUGAAAUAUUUAGAAAUGGUGAUAAAAGAAACGUUAAGACUUUACCCCUCGGUUCCAUUUUAUGGGCGAAAAGCUUUAGAAGAAACCCAAAUUGGUACGACAACCAUUCCUUCUUCAGUAACAUGCACGAUUUUCGCUUGGGGUCUUCAUAGAGACCCUAAAAUUUAUCCUGAUCCUGAAAAAUUCGAUCCUGAAAGGUUUACAUUAAAAAACCAAAACGAAAGAGGACCUUUUAGUUACAUUCCUUUUAGCGCAGGACCAAGGAAUUGCAUUGGACAAAGAUUUGCUAUGUUAGAGAUGAAAUCCACGAUUUCAAAGGUUUUAAGAAACUUUGAAGUUGUCUCAGCUCCUGAUUUUACACCAGAAUGGUUACCUGAUUUAAUCCUUAAACCUUAUAACGGAUUAAAGGUUAGAUUAAUUCCAAGAAAUUAUAACUCUUCAAAAGUGGCCCUCAGUUCUAUUUCAUAUUGUAUCACGAAUUUUAAAAUAAUGUUAAUUGAAGUUUUAAUUUAUUUAUUAAAAAUUCUUGGAGUUCUUUUGCUUGUAGCUUACGUUUUAAGAGCAAUUUACUUGAGUUAUUACCUUAAAGAUGUGUCUUCGCCACCUUCUUAUCCAUUUUUGGGUCAUAUUACAAUUAUGAAGGCCCCGAAACAAAUUUUAGAUCAAUUAACAGAUCUUCAACGCGAACAUGGUGGGUUUAUACGAUUCUGUUUUCUAUUUAUUUUAAAUAUAUUUUUGAUCACUGAUGUUAAAAUAAUCGAAAUGAUUUUAAAUGGAACGAAAUUUUUGGAGAAAGGUAGAGAGUACUUGUUCUUAUCAAGAUGGUUAGGAACUGGAUUAUUAACAGCUGGAGCUGAAAAAUGGAAAAUUACCCGGAAAAUCAUAACUCCAACUUUUCAUUUCCAAAUUUUAGAACAAUUUAUAGAAAUUUAUCACUCAGCGAGUAAUAUUUUAAUUGGUAAACUUAAAAAGGAAGUUGGAAAAGACACUGAUAUUUAUCCUUACGUAACUUUAUGCGCUUUAGACGUUAUUUGUGAAUCUGCUAUGGGUGUUCAAAUUAAUGCCCAAGAAAAAUCCGAUUCAGAAUACGUAAAAAGCGUCCAGUUAAUAAGCAAGAUAAUUCGUAAAAGAAUUUUUUUCCCUAUAAUCAAUAUAUUUUAUAUUUUUUCCGUCGCUCACAUGAAGGAAAGAAAAGCUUUAAAAGUUUUGCACGGCCAUACUAACGCCGUAAUCAAAGAACGUCGCCAAGCUUUAAAAGACAGCAAAAACAUCAAAAUCGAAACCACUAAAAAGAGACGAUUAGCUUUCUUAGAUUUACUUUUGGAGUCGACGAUUAACGAACGUCCGAUGACCGAUGAGGAAAUACGCGAGGAAGUUGAUACUUUCAUGUUUGAAGGACACGAUACAACUUCUUCGGCGACCGCUUUUACUUUGUACUGUUUGGGAUUAAACCAAAAAGUUCAAGAUAAAGUUGUCGAAGAAUUAAAAACGAUUUUUGGCGAUGAUAAAAAUCGAAUGCCUAGUUAUGAGGAAUUGAAUGAAAUGAAAUAUUUAGAGAUGGUUAUUAAAGAGGCUUUGAGAUUAUAUCCGCCGGUUCCUUUUAUUUCAAGACAAGCAACUUCUGAUACUGCAUAUUUUGGUGGAUUAAUACCAAGACGAGCAACAUUAGGAAUCUCAAUUUACAUUCUUCAUAGAGAUCCAACCAUUUAUCCCGACCCAGAAAAAUUCGAUCCGGACCGAUUUACUUUAGAGAAUCAACAAACGCGAAGUCCUUUUAGUUACAUUCCAUUUAGUGCAGGUCCAAGAAAUUGUAUUGGACAAAGGUUUGCAAUGAUGGAAUUGAAAUCGACGAUCGCUAAAGUGUUAAGAAAUUUUGAAAUACAUCCCGUAAAGGGAUUUGAGCCGAUUUUAGUUCCAGACGCAAUUUUGAAAUCGCUUAACGGGGUUAAUGUACGAUUAGAACACAGGGAUUUUUAGAUUUGUAAAAUUUGUAAAAUUGUAUUUGAUUAUUAAUGUGAUUAACAUUUUCAGUUAUUAUAUUUCAUAGAUUA